AUGACUACUACGUUCUCUUCCUUGCCUGUCGUCGACGUCGGGCCCCUUGGAUCGCCCUCGGGUGCAUCGCCGGAAGAGGAAGCGAUGCUAAGUCAACGGUUAUACGAUGUUUUUGCUACGACUGGCUUUGCCUAUCUAACGAAUGUCCCUCUGAGCUAUAAGCAUGAAGAUGUGUUCGACCUGUCGCGAAAGUUCUUUGCUCUAUCAGAGGAAGAGAAGAUGAAAUUGGCGAAGCGUUCAUUCCAUCGGGAACAUAAGAACACAUAUCGAGGAUAUUUCCCCACUCAGCCGGAGCUCGCAUCUGACAAUUUGAAGGAAGGGUUUGAAAUGGGCCCUGCAGAGCCAAUUCGGACUCAAUCGAGCGUGGCACCUUCUUCGAAAUUCAACCUCAGCGAGGCGAAUGUGUGGCCAGAUGAGGAUGUAUUCCUAGAACGACCCGAUCUCGAAAAGUUGUAUAUCGAGCUGCAGAGUCUGGCUUCGAAAUUGCUUUCCCUCUUAGCUGUAUCGCUGGGUAAACCAUCGAACUUUUUCGCGCCGUAUCUCAAUGACUCUCUAAGCACCCUCCGUCUCUUGCAUUACCCGGCUGUGGCAUCCGCCGCCUCGGGGUCAGGAUCAGGAUCAGGUUCUGCGGAAAAAGUGAAGCUCAGCUGCACCCCUCACACGGACAGCGGUAUCUUGACACUUCUGCAUCAAGAUUCCACCGGUGGCCUGGAAGUGCAAAACUCUUCUGGGGACUGGGUUUCUGCUCCGUACAUUCCCGAAUCCCUUGUCGUCAACAUCGGCGAUUUGAUGGCAAAGGUUUCUGGCGGUCGAUUUGUCGCCACUAUGCACCGUGUUCGCGCGCCGGCCAAAAGUUCUUCUGCUACUUCUGUCACUGGGAAACAGGGGGAUUGUGCAACUCUUGGGCGUAUCAGUGUUCCAUUCUUCUUCGAGCCUGGAGAAAAUUGCUUGGUUCGGUCUGUGACUGAAGACGAGGGCUUCGUUGUGUAUGGCGAGCACGUGCGAACUAAGAUGAAGACCUGGGUUGAGUUCCAGAAUGACGAUGACGAGAACUAA